AUGUAUUUUACAAUAAAAUUAUUGAAUUACAAUAUUUUUUAUUUGUUUUAAUAAAUAAAAUGUAUUAAUAAAUCUGAAGAUUUAAACACUUAUCUAGUAAGUAUUGGACUUCCCGCUAAUAUUCAAUUAUCCAUUUCAAUUGAGACUUUAUUUCUCUUAACAAACAAACAAUUAAUAUAUACUUUUUAUUAAGAUGCAGAUGCUCAUCUAAAAGAGUUGAAACCAAUUUCACUUGUAUUUGUUGAUAUCUUAUAGAGAUUAUGUAUUAUAAAGAGAGGAAGGAUGUGUUAUGAACAUGAACUAUUACUUUAUUAUGUUCUUAAACAUCUUGGAUUUUAUGUGGAAUUGAUUAGAUGCUAUGUAUAAGAAGUAGGACCUUAUAAUCCUGAUUAUCCUACUACACAUAAUUUUUUGCAUGUUACAAUAAAAGAUGAAAUCUUUUUAAUUUAUAUUGGAUUCGAAAUUAGAUCAUUGAGAUUUCCAAUAAAAGUUGACUUCUAAAAUCUGUCAGUAUCUUAUGAUUUAUUUCCUUUUGAACAUUUCAGAAUUACAGAAAAUGAAACACUUUAUUAGUUAGAGCAUGUUAUUGAUGGAAAAUGGGUAACAUGAAAAACCUAUUAAAUUUUAAACUCUACAAUUUUCGAACUUGCCAAAAAUUCUUAGUCUGAAGAGAUUAUAGGUUAUAGAUUUGUAAAAAUACGGAAUAUGGAAAAAUUUAAUAUUUUUGAUUUCGAAUUAAAUAAUAAUUUACAGCUUUCAAAAAAAUCCAUGUAUUUGAGUUUGCAAACUAUGAAGAAUUUGAAAACGAACUCAAUAUGUUUUAUUCAUGAUAUCAUAAGCAAGGCAACCUAUUUAAACUGA